AUGCAAGGCACCGCGACAAGAUACUGCAGCAUAUGCCAGUGUAACAAGUCCACCACCACCAACCCCAAGCACUCGGUGGACUCGGUCGCGUCGUAUUCUAGUCAGAAUCACGUAGACCGUAUAAGGACUCAGAAUUUCUCAGCGGCUUCCUGUCAAGACGACGGAGACUUUGGGUCGAUUAAGACCAGUUUGUUCAGACGUUCGACGUCCAACUUGGACUUUCAGACCAAGCGACCUGAAAGCGUCACGUCUAACACAAGCUCAACAAGAAGCCGGCUUCGAGAACUUGUCGAAAGGAAAUCGAGUGCAGACGAGCACAAGCCCGCUGAAAACGCCGUCGGUGAAAUACAAUACUUUGAGAACCCUACCGAAACAUUAGAGUGUGACAAUCCAAGGAACUCGCUUGACUCAAGGAAAAGUCUAGAAGACAUACGUCCCAAAAAAAGAAAGUUAGUAAAAAACAAAGAAAAACCUAAAGACUUUUUCGAAAAUAAAAACAAAAAACACGAAAAAUUUCAGAGUAAAUUGGCAGAAUAUUAUAAACUUCCAGUGCACCUGCCUCAAGACGAGUUUUAUCAACAUUUAACUAAGUCAAGAGCAGCCGAAGAACUACUGCAGAAACGAUUUUCUAAUUCAGAUACAGAAUUCAGUGGGAGUUACGGCAGAUUGUGCAAGCACGAACACGUUGAAGGUUCUAAUCUCAGGCGUAGUCGAAGCUUGGCCGUUAUAAGAGAGGAGACUUUUACGGAUCUCCAAAUACAAAAUCACGCUAAAAGCAAGAGAUCGCAGUUGAUUCCCCGCGCUCGCUUGUUUGAUAAACCUUGCUUUAAAGACAGGUUACCAAGCCGUGCAAAAUAUCAAACAAAAGAAGAAGUUUUAGAAGGCAUAUACAUAGACAGCACUGCUUCUUGUUUUGGUGACAUAAACAGAUCUAAGGUGGAUGAUAUUCAAGACGAUAUUACCACAAAAGGAUCCGAAAAGGAAGACACUGUAUCACAAAACGGGAGUCACCAAUCACGUUCUAUAUGUGGUAGUUGGCCCAAUUUAAACGAAGAAUCAAAACAUACAAAUCUCUCUGAAGAUAGUAUCGACUAUUCACGUAAUCAGAGUGAAAUAGAUAGCUUAGAUUCAAAUUACGUACGAAAACAUUAUAAUUUUGAAUCGCAAUUAAAAAAUUGCAAAGAUAAUCCAGAGAUAGAAAACUCAAUUGCAUCACCUAAUAUUAACAACAAGUUGUACAUUACUUCCAACGACUUCGAUUGUGACAAUAAAGAAGAAGCUAGAUCAAAGAAUAAUUCUCCAUCUUACAUUAAUGAAAACAUCUCAAUAAUAGAGCAUGUUCAAAGUAGAGAUCUAAAGGAGACAUUUCAUAAAGAAGAUAUUGAUACAUUCGACGCAGUUUCAGAUAAGAGUAAGAAUAGCGCAGAACAAGAAAAUAACGAACAGGGGGUUAUAAGAAAUACAAGUGCAUGUAGGGAAGAAGUUGAAACACAAUCUGUAAUCUCAGAGAAUGACGGGACUAUUUCGAGUCCUCCAGAUAGCAUUACAUCUUAUAUAUCGAUAUCUAUAGCUUCUUCUUCGGACAAAUCUCAUAAACUAGAACAUCUAGCUAAUUCACUAGCUGAAAAGAUAGAUCAAUACUGCGACACCAAUUUUAAGGAAAAUAUAUCAGUAAACUUAAAUAAUAAAGAUAAUCAAUCAAACCCAGAUAUUGAUCCCACAUACACAAAAAUACAGAAGAAAACAUUUGCUGAUAUAAAAAACGAUUCAAAUAAGCAUAAAGAAGAUAAAAACAACGAAAUAUAUAUUACAAAUACAUACAUACAACACGGUGAUUACAGUCACACCCACAAUUGUACGUCUGCUAAGAAUAUAACAACUGAACCUUUUGUUACAACAUUAAUUGAAAAUCAAUACUAUUCAUUACCUGAUAUCAAUAUAAGCAAGUGCUUAAGAAAAUCGGAGCGCAUUGAUGCUCAGUUGAGAGAAGAAGACAAAGAAGAUAUACCUCAUGAAAAUUCUUACGAAAUAACACAAAACAAUUUUAGGGAAAUUUUAUCAACAAAGUGUCGCGAACAUUACGGCCAAUCAAAUAAAUCCUAUGAUAACAAGCACAAAGAAGGCACAGAGGCCAGUAUUCAAGAAUAUGCAGAGCCACUGAUAAUACACAAUUUUGCGAAACUUGAAGAUGAUUUAAAGUCUAUAAUAACAAUUGAAAGCUCGAACAUCGAUGAUCAGGAAGAAAAUUUAUAUAACUCAGAUGUACAUCACCAAAACGAAAGAGAAAUAAACGAAAUAGAAGGAACAAUACGUAACAAUAAAAUAAUAACCAAAGCUGAAAGUUUAAAGUUGACAAAUUCAUCAUCAAAACCGGAUAUAAUAAUAUCAAAACCAUUUUCAAAUGAUAACAUAAACACUGCUGUAUUAGAAAAGAAAGCAAAAUCUAACGUAAAAAAACAUUAUUCACUACGUCAACGCGCUCCUACCAAUGAUGAUAUUCGCAUACCAAGUCCAAAUGCUCUAGAAGAAACAUUACAUAAAUGUGCUGAAACGCAAAAAACAAAUCUUAAGCUUACCGAAGAACUUAAAACUAAUUCUCUUUUAUCACGUGUACAGUCGUUUAAAACCUCUGCGGAAUCUAAUGUUACCAUAGUUCCCCUAAGUGGACAUCAAACAAUUGUAAUAGAUCCCCCCGUAACACAAAAUUUAGUAGAUGCUACGAAUCUAAACACCACAGCGCAAGCAGAUUCUCAUUUACAUAAGUCCGAUUUUCAGAGUACUGUGCAUAAAACUGAUACAAUUGCGAUUUCGCAACAACUUGACGAAUACAAGGCGAAACAAUCCGAGGCUAAUUCUUUCGAAUCCGUUAAAACUUCCAGUGUAUACACUCCAAGAGAUCCGUUUAUAACUAUAAAAUUAAAUAAGAUCGUUAGAAAAACUAUAACACAACUUUCCGACGAAACAGCUGACAAAGCCGUUUACGAGGAACUAAAAAUAGAUAAACCACCAUCAAAAUUGAUUAUUAAAGAUAAAAGUAGUUUUAAUACGUUUACGUUAACAUCAACGAAAACAGACAAUAUGACUCGACCUCAAGUGUUACAAGUCGUAGAUUCAAAAAAUAAACACAAAGAAGUUUGUAAUAACUUAACAGAAAAAAUCGAUUUCGAAAAAUCUAAUAAUAUCGCUAACAAAAUUAUUAACAACGCAAAACAAGUAAGAAAUGAAAUUCAAGAAGGUAAAAAUGAAUGCACUGCCAAGGAAAAAUUAAAUGAUGCAAUAAAGACAGACAUUGAAUACCAAGAAAAAAUUAAUUCCGUAAAAACCUAUUGGUCUAAGUUAAUUGAGAAAACUCCAGAACCCUAUAAAAAGCAAGAACUAAUAGAAAAUGAAGAAAGUUUACCAGAAAAGAAAAUUUUGGGCAAAGGACACAUACAAGAAACAAAAACUGAUGACACAAAGGAAGUCACAGAGUUUUCUGUAGGUAGUAUUAUCAAAUCGUUAGAAAACGUGAAAAUAGUAGAUAGUAUACGAAAAAUAAGUCAAGCUAAAUUACAAUUGUGGAAAGAAGAGUCAGAAAAAGUAAAAAGUGAUUCAGAAAUAGAGGAGACAACCGUGGAAAAAAUUGUAAAAGAAAGCGAAGGAACUAUUUACGAUAAACCUAAAAUAGGAAAAAAUACAAAAAAAUUUGAAGAAACCUUAAGUAGAGACACACCAGAAAUAGAGAUUGUAGAAUUAAGUAGCGAAGGUAAUCAGAAUCAAAAAACACAAGCAACGAUAAUAAAAGCAAAAGGUUAUGAAAAAGGUUGUGACGAAUUUGAUCACGUUAGAUAUAAAGUAAUGAAAUCUGAAUUAUUUAAAAACAGUAUGAUUGCUAAUUACAGAAAAGAGGCACAAUUCGAUGGAUUGCUACAGUAUUUGCAAGACUAUAGCUUCCAGGAACUAUUGGUUAAUAAUAACAUUGUGAUUAUAGAGCCAGUCAGAACUAAAGUUGAACCCAUACCAAGAAAGAAUAAUAAUCCCGAUUCUUGUAAAAUCUCACCCACGCUUUUGAAGAAAAAUGAAAAUAAUUUUGGACAGGUAGAUAAAUCUAAAAAUGCUAUAAAACGACAUUUCUUUUAUCAUCCAAUCAGAGUUAAUAAAGAAAUCAUAGAAGAAGAACUUCCUAAUCCUGAUACUGUAAAAAAAGUACGUAACCUAUUCGAGGAUACUUUAAAAAUGAAAAGUCCUAUGAAUCAAGAUCCGCCACUGGUAGAUGAAACUACACGUUUGCCAAGGCGAGCAACUUCUUACAGAAAUUUAAGUGAAGAGUCAAAAACAAAUAAAGUAUAUGGGAGGAAAAAGAUCACACGGCAAUUGACUAUUGAAACAAAUUUUGGAAAUAAAAAAUGGGAUAACGCCAGUCUUUCAAGUGGAGUGUCUAGUGGCGAUCUAAGUUCUAAUAACGAAUAUGAAACUGACAGACUCAGCCCUUACUCUAGUAAAAACUUUAAAGAUAACGUUUACAGUUCGAGUGAUGAAUAUCUCUGCGAUUCAAUGAGUCAAGACUUUUGUUGCGAAAGUCAGUAUGUUAGUCCUGACAUCUUAAAGAAAAUAAGAGAAUGCGGAACUUCUAUCACUUAUUAUGGGGGAAAAGUAUUAAAUUCUAAAACAGGCUCAUCUGCAAGUCCGAUGACAAAAGCAAUAAUGGAUGAAAUAAAAAAUUUACAAAAAAAUUGCAGCAGAGAUUGUUACUCUUGCCAAACUAAAUGCAGGGGAGACAAGUGUUCAUGUCUUGUGGCUGAUAAACAUACACAAAUGCUUAUAGAUAAGCAAAACUCAAAUACCACAGAAAUGUCAAGUCAAAGCCAAGAAAAAAAUAAUCGUGCAGAUGGAUUUCCAGGAUUCAAAUUUAAACUCGUUAAAUCUAAUAGUUGCAGUAGCAGACUAGAAUUAACAGGAACAGAUGGAAACAAAAAUCAGCGAUUUAAGUUUAGAAAACAAAAAUCCACAGAAGAUCCUCCAUUAAUUGAUGAUGACGAAAAUUCCGUAAAAAAGAAAAUUUGUCACUUAGAAAGUUAUAAUAAAGGUAUUGUUAAAACACCAUUUGAAAACAAAAACAAUGAAAAGAAUCCGAACCUUAAGAUAAAAUCAGAUUUAACCAAAGUAAAUGACGUAACAAUAAAACAUAAUAACAUUCAAGGAAACAUAAUUACUAUAAGGGAAAAAGAAAAUCUGAACUCAGAAAAAGAACAAGAUUAUGCAGAAAACUGUAAGAAUUUAAAUAGCAACGAUUCACACAGUUUUGAAAAAAAGUUUUAUUAUUUAAACAAAAAUCUAGACCAAAGCCAAGUCACAACAGGGAAGUUUGGAGAAAUGGUAUUCGAAGAAUUUGAAGUUUUAGAAUCAUGUUACGAUAGUUUAAAUAGCAAUAAGUCAUUAAAAUAA